CCGGGACAUGGCGGCGGCGGCGGCGGCGGCCGCUCGGCGGCGGCGGCGGCGUCCCUGGGCCCUGCUGUGCCUGGCGGCGGCCGCGCUGCUCUGCCCCGCGGUGGCCGAAUUAGAGUGUUACUGCCAUCUAUGUACAAAAGACAACUUCACGUGUGUGACAGAUGGAGUAUGUUUUGCCUCAGUAACACGAACUGCAGACAAAAUAAUACACAAUAGUAUGUGUAUAGCAGAAGUUGAUCUGAUUCCCCGAGACAGACCGUUCGUUUGUUCCUCCUCCACCAGAGAUGGAGUCUUUACUGUGCCUCAUUGCUGUAACACACCUCUCUGCAAUAAAAUAGAACUUCCAAUUCCAACACCAGGCCCUACUCCAGGAAAAACAGCUUCUAAUCUAGGACCUGUGGAACUGGCUGCUGUCAUUGCUGGACCUGUCUGCUUUGUCUGCAUUUCACUGAUGUUGAUUCUAUACAUUUGUCAUAAUCGUACUGUAAUUCAUCAUCGUGUGCCAAGUGAAGAAGACCCUUCAUUAGAUCGUCCCUUUAUAUCAGAAGGAACUACCUUAAAGGAUUUAAUUUAUGAUAUGACAACUUCAGGCUCUGGUUCAGGUUUACCUUUACUUGUGCAAAGAACGAUUGCAAGAACAAUAGUGCUUCAAGAAAGCAUUGGUAAGGGUCGCUUCGGAGAAGUCUGGCGAGGGAAGUGGAGAGGAGAAGAAGUGGCUGUGAAGAUCUUCUCUUCAAGAGAGGAACGUUCGUGGUUUCGAGAAGCAGAAAUUUAUCAAACAGUUAUGCUACGCCAUGAAAACAUACUUGGAUUUAUAGCUGCGGACAACAAAGACAAUGGCACAUGGACUCAGCUGUGGUUGGUGUCAGACUAUCACGAGCAUGGAUCACUCUUUGAUUACCUGAACAGGUAUACAGUAACAGUGGAAGGAAUGAUAAAAUUAGCUUUGUCCACUGCCAGUGGUCUUGCUCAUCUGCACAUGGAAAUUGUUGGUACACAAGGCAAACCAGCGAUAGCCCACAGAGAUUUGAAGUCAAAAAAUAUAUUGGUGAAGAAGAAUGGAACGUGCUGCAUUGCAGACCUGGGAUUGGCAGUUAGACACGAUUCAGCUACAGACACAAUUGACAUUGCCCCAAACCACAGAGUGGGAACAAAAAGGUACAUGGCUCCUGAAGUUCUAGAUGAUUCCAUAAAUAUGAAACAUUUUGAGUCAUUCAAACGAGCAGACAUCUAUGCAAUGGGAUUAGUCUUUUGGGAAAUUGCUCGGCGAUGUUCAAUUGGUGGAAUCCAUGAAGAUUACCAGUUGCCAUACUAUGACCUCGUUCCUUCAGAUCCUUCUGUUGAAGAAAUGAGGAAAGUUGUGUGUGAGCAGAAGUUAAGGCCCAAUAUUCCAAACAGAUGGCAGAGUUGUGAGGCAUUGCGAGUAAUGGCCAAAAUUAUGCGGGAAUGCUGGUACGCCAACGGAGCUGCCAGGCUGACAGCUCUGCGCAUUAAGAAAACAUUAUCACAACUCAGUCAACAGGAGGGGAUAAAGAUGUAAUCCUGGAUUUGCUACCGAGGAACACUGUAAAAAUCCCUAUCUGCACCAGAGCGGCGUGUUAAGAUGGUUAAUUGUUCUACCUCACUGGGGGAACAGAAGGAUAUUGCUGCCUUUUAGUACUUCAUAGGAACGUCACAUGUUAGUAUUUUUGUGGAUGUGCUAAACAGUUGUGUUGGGUCCUUUCUGUGCACUAUGAACCUCUUUCCCAGGUUACUUACAAAACAUCGUAUAUUCUCGUUUUAUUAACUUGUAAUUUUUUUAUUUGGAAAGCUGAUAGCUGGUUUUUACUAGUUAACUGUGCUAAAAGUAGGAGGUCACUACUAAAAUGGAACUGGUUCACCAUAUUGUUCUAAAGUGCAUUGAUGAUUCUUCAGGCAACUUCAUUCCUGGCUGGUACAUUGACUAUUCUGAACCACUGUCUCAAUUCCUUGAUUCAGAUUGUGAAUGUACACUCGGAGUAUACUUUGCUUGCUAUUAAGGUAGUGUAUCUUUUGGACUCUGACCUUGACUUACAAAUUGACCUCAUUCAGUUGUGGGAACAUAACUUAUGCAACUAUACUUUAUACACGAUUACUGGGUUUUUUCCACUUUUUCAGAACAUUACAUUGCCUUCAAAAUAGAUUGUAUCACACCAGUAAGUGCCACUUUUGAGUCUUUUAAUGCAAAGCAGUAGGAACAUACGAAGCCUUUCGUACUUUGGGUUUCAAAAAUAGAAGUUAAAAAUUAACUGUUCCUUUGCCUAGCUAAGAUCUAACUCUCACUUGUUUCAGCAACGUGAUUCAUGGAAUAUUUUUAAUUUUACCAAAAUCUGACUCUUGAUACCACUAUAGGAGUUUUAAAUAGUGUAAGCUAGUAAAUUCACUGUCAUAUUUUGUAAUUGUCAAGCUAUGAGUCAUAAUUAUGUAGAUGAUUUUUUUUUUUUCUCAAGGGGUACUUCUAAAAAGCUUGAAGUACCUCUCUACUUCAGAAAAGUAGCAAGAAGAGUAAAAUGUUCUUAAGGGAGACCUUGCUUCAGUAAAUCAAACAUGAAAAGCAUAUUUUCUGUGUAGUUCUGCUGAGUCUUAAGGCUCAAAGAACAAUAUUUGCAAUUAAACGAGGAUUAAGUGCACCUGUAAUUAGAGAAAAGUUAUUUGGGCUUUUGUACUAGAAAGGUCAAAGCUGCUUAAAAAUUUUAUGUGCAUAUAUGUUGUGUGCCUCAUACACAAAGUGGUGAGCUACAGAAAGUGGUGAGCUUGCAGGUCUUUGGAUACAAACACCAGAGGAUUCCAGCAAUCCUCUUCAUAUGAGAAGAACAAAGCUUAUGGUGGCUUGUGUUGUCAUAAGAGCACAGAAGAAUAUGCAUGGCUUUAGUCAAGAUUUUCCUGAGAUUUUAAGGGUAUCAUAAAGUUUUCACAAACCUGUAUAGGAAUUGAAUUGCUUGCUGCCCAAAUGUACAACUUCUGGAGGGGACUGGAAGAAUUAAUAUGGGAAAUUCUCCUUAAAAAACUGCUGUUACCAGGAUAUUUUUAAUUGCAGUUUUAGGAAGAGUCUGGUUGGCCUUUGGUUUCAUCAAUGCCCAAAACAAUCUGUAGUAUUUCAGUGUGUAAAUAUGCCUGGCAAUUAAUAUAUCCCCUAACCUCCUACUCUCAGGACACAUCAGUACCCAUCCCGCUACGGAACACACAUGGCAAUGUUACCUUUGCUU